CAGCAGGGGGGGACGUGUAUUAAGUUAGUAGAGUACAAAGAGCAUCAAGAACUCGUCACCUUUCACCCACUCCUCCGUCAAGCACGCAACUUGACAGGAACAUCGGCUUCACCAUAUACCACUUCGACCUGACCACCACACAACCCACCACCAAAAGCCAUGUCUCUCCCAACCACCCAAAAGCAGUGGCUCGUGCAGGGCACCGACAAGGGCCUCGACGGGCUCGUCUACCAGGACGCGCCGGUGCCCCAAGUCGGCGACACCGACGUGCUGGUCAAGCUCCGGGGCGCGUCGGUCAACUACCGCGACCUGAUCAUCCCGCGCGGGCACUACCCGUUCCCGCUGCGGAUGCCGGUCGUGGCGGGCUCGGACGGCGCGGGCGAGGUCGUCGCGGUCGGGUCCAAGGUGACCAAGUGGAAGCCCGGCGACAAGGUGGUGACACUGUUCAAUCAGGGCCACCAGGCCGGACCGGUGACUGUGGCAGCCAGUACGACGGGGCUGGGCGGCUGCAUCGACGGCACCAUGCGGCAGUACGGCGUGUUUGACCAGAACGGUGUCGCGCGCAUGCCGAAGAACUUGGACUUUGUCGAGGCCGCGACGCUGAGCUGCGCCGCGCUGACGAGCUGGAAUGCGUUGUAUGGUCUGAAGAGGCUGCAGAAGGGCGAGACGGUGCUGGUGCAGGGCACGGGAGGUGUUAGUCUGUUCGCGCUGCAGUUCGCCAAGGCAGCCGGCGCCACUGUGAUCGCGACCACCUCGUCUGCGGAGAAAGCCGAAGUCCUCAAGAAGCUCGGGGCAGACCAUGUGAUCAACUACCGCGAGGACCCCAACUGGGGCGAGACGGCGCGCAAGCUGACACCCAACGGCGAGGGCGUCGAGCACGUAAUUGAGGUGGGCGGUGCCGGGACCAUGACGCAGAGUCUGAAGGCUAUCAAGUACGAGGGCGUCAUCUCCAUCAUCGGCUUCCUCGGCGGGGCCAACCCCAAGGAGAGCACCCUCGAGGCGCUGAGCCACGUGUGCACGAUUCGCGGCGUGUAUGUGGGCUCGAAGCAGCAGCUGGAGGAGAUGGUGGCCGCCAUCGAGCAGCAUGACAUCCACCCUGUGGUCGACAAGACCGUCUUUACGCUCGACAAGGUGAAGGAGGCGUACGAUUACAUGUGGGAGCAGAAGCACUUUGGCAAGAUCGGCAUCAAGAUCGAGUAAGGUGCCUUAGGUAAGCUACGGUUACAUGCUAUGCCAUAAAUGUCGGAAACUGGUUUGUAUUGGCGUCUGGAGCAUAUCGUUGCAGAUAUGUAGGUUACCAUUGUCCAGAUCUAAAUCCAAUCCGCGUCCUUUCC